UACGAAAGAAGCUCGCCGAAGAAGCAGCCGUGCAGAAAAGAGCAUUUUCGCGUCGUCCUUUGUUGCAUCUCAUCUCGCACCAGUUGCCAUGGCGUUGAACAGUAGGUUCCGGUCUGCGGCGAGGCUCCUCAAUUCAUCGGACUCGUUGCUUUCGAAGUCAGUGAACCGAGGUUUCCAUUCCACCGGGGUUAAGACGAUGGGUGGUGGACAUGGGCAUGGCCAUGACGAGCCCGAAUACUUGCAUGCAAAACACAUGUACAACUUGGAUAAGAUGAAGUAUCGUCCAUUGAAGAUGUCUCUUGCUGUGUUCAGUGCCUUCAGCAUUGGUGUUGCUGUUCCUGUCUUUGCAGUCAUAUUCCAGCAAAAGAAGACAGCUUCUGGCUAGCUCUCUCAUCACAUGCUUUGUUUACUUGCUGCUGAGGAACCCGGACUAGCCAUGUAAUGUCUAGUCUGUGUUGUUCUAAAUCCUGUUUCAACUUUCGAAAUGGAUUUUCCUUAUGGUUAUGAUUUUUUUCCCCAUAAUUUCAUCUAGUAGUUCUCAGUUGCAGGUUAGGUGAGAUAUUGACGAACAAUGAACUGUGGUACUUUUUGUUUUUAUAUUAUUAACUAUAUUCAUAAGAGAUUUGAAUUC